GACUUCGAGAAUAGGAAGUGUCGAUCAGUAGUAGGGGGGCUUAACAUGCUAGCUAAGUAACGUUAGUAUGUGGUUAAAAUAAUUCCAAGGCGAACGCGUUUGUGUGUCGCUGUUAAACUCGGACGUUUCGCAGUGCCGUGAGGUCCCGGGCCGCUAUUUCCGAGGCCGAGGAGCAGUCGAUAGGAGAUAUUGCGAUAUUCGGUUGGUCGUUUAAGUGGCUGUGUAGCACUAGCGUGCUAGCUAGCUGACGUUAAACGUCAUUCAGCCAGGUAUUACUUGGAACUGUUAGCUUGUUUUUACAGCUGCAGUAAGUCAGCUAAAAUCCAACAAGUUGCCAUUCAGCGGGAACGCGGUUCUGUUUGGUUGAGCGUGUGUGUUUAUUCAUGCCGGCUAUCAUAGAAUGACUCGACCGCAACUGGAUGUCUGGUGAUCGAGAUAGCAGCGGCUACAGCUAGGAGCGGAUUGUUAGCUUGUCAAUAUCAACAACAAUGGGCUAUAAAAGGUGUUUUAAAAACACAAGAACGAUUUAUCUCUUGACCAUUCUGCUGAUAGUCUUGGCCAAAGAAAGCACAGCUGAUGAAGAGCAGCAUGGGAAUGAUGGACCCGAGCUAAAGUCUUACCACGAGCCGGACUCUGAAGAGGAAGAUGUCCGCUUGUCGUCUGAAAUCGCGGCCGGGGCCUCCGUGACCUCUGGCCACGACGUCUCCCAGCCGGAGGAGGAGAAUCAGUCGCCUGCGGAGGGGCUGGAGGGAGAGGAGAAGGAGGACCUGCCCGAGCAGCCUCCUCCAGUGGUAGAGAAACCUAAAGAGGUUCCUGUGGUGAAUGGAGGGACCGCCCAUGGAGAACCCUGCAUCUUCCCCUUCCUCUUCCAAGGGACGGAGUACCUGGACUGUACCACCGAUGGACGGGGGGAUGGACGACUGUGGUGCGCCACCAUCUACGACUACGACCACGAGAAGAAGUGGGGCUUCUGUGAGACGGAGGAGCAGGCACAGCAGAGGCUGCAGGCCGAGGAGGCUGAGGAGGAGUAUCAGACUGUCCUGCGCUUGCUCAAUGCCACCACCAGGAGGACCCAGAAGAAAGAAUUGUACGAAAAGCUGCUGAAAGUAGCGGAGAAGGGCCACCAGAAAGCCAUGGAGAAGGUGGCGUACGCCAUGCUGUUUGGAGACUACAUGAGCCAGAACGUGACCAAGGCCAAAGACAUGUUUGAUAAGCUCGCCAUCGAGGGCUCGCCCAAAGCUCAGACGGCUCUUGGCUUUCUGUACGCAGCAGGACUCGGCGUUAACUCGAGUCAGGCUAAGGCGCUGGUUUACUACACCUUCGGGGCACUGGGUGGAAACUUGGUUGCUCACAUGGUCCUGGGAUACAGAUACUGGGGAGGUGUGGGUGUUCCCCAGAGCUGCGAGUCGGCACUGACGCACUACAGACUCGUUGCGAAUCAAGUGGCCAACGACGUGUCGCUGACCGGCGGCUCGGCGGUGCAGAGGAUCCGGCUGCUGGAUGAGGUGGAGAACCCGGGGUCCACCAGCGGGAUGCUGGAGGAGGACUUGAUCCAGUACUAUCAGUUUCUGGCGGAGAAAGGAGAUGUUCAAGCGCAGGUGGGAUUGGGCCAGCUGCAUCUGCACGGAGGACGUGGAGUCGAACAGAAUCACCAGAGGGCGUACGACUACUUCACUCAGGCUGCGAAUGCAGGGAAUACUCACGCUAUGGCGUUCCUCGGCAAGAUGUACUCUGAAGGCAGCGAGUAUCUCCCUCAGAACAACGACACGGCCCUGCAGUACUUUAAGAAGGCCUCCGACUUGGGCAAUCCAGUGGGACAGAGUGGCCUGGGCAUGGCCUACCUAUAUGGGAGAGGUGUCCCAGUGAACUAUGAGCUGGCACUGAAAUACUUCCAGAAGGCCGCGGAGCAGGGCUGGGUGGACGGGCAACUCCAGCUGGGCACCAUGUAUUACAACGGCAUCGGUGUGAAGCGCGAUUACAAGCAGGCCCUCAAGUUCUUCAACCUGGCGUCCCAGGCGGGCCACAUCCUGGCCUUCUACAACUUGGCCCAGAUGCACGCUACUGGCACCGGAGUGAUGCGCUCCUGCCACACCGCUGUGGAGCUUUUCAAGAACGUGUGCGAACGCGGCCGCUGGUCCGAGCGCCUCAUGGCGGCCUACGGCAGCUUCAAGGAGGGCGAGUCCGAUGCGGCGCUGGUCCAGUAUCUGCUGCUGGCUGAGCAGGGCUACGAGGUGGCCCAGAGCAACGUGGCCUUCAUUCUAGACCAGAAAGGAGCGAGGAUCAUCACGGAGAACGAGACCUACCCUCGUGCUUUGCUCCACUGGACACGAGCUGCAGCACAAGGUUACACGGUGGCACGGAUCAAACUAGGGGACUACCACUUCUACGGCCACGGGACGGACGUGGACUACGAGACGGCUGUGAUCCACUACAGACUGGCAUCGGAGCAGCAGCACAGCGCCCAGGCCAUGUUUAACCUGGGUUACAUGCACGAGAAAGGCCUGGGCAUCAAACAGGACAUCCAUUUAGCCAAGCGUUUCUACGACAUGGCGGCCGAAGCCAGUCCUGACGCCCAGGUUCCAGUGUUCUUGGCGCUGUGCAAGCUGGGUCUGGUCUACACUCUGCAGUACCUGCAGGAUCUUAAUUUAAAGGAGGUGAUUUCUCAGGUGGACAUGGACCAGCUCCUCGGCCCGGAGUGGGACCUCUACCUCAUGACCGUCAUCGCCCUGCUGCUGGGCACGGUCAUCGCCUACAGGCAGCGCCAGCACCAAAUCAUGGUCCCCCCUCGCCCGCCCGUCCCCGCCCCAGCGCCCCCACCCAGACCACCUCAGGAACAGUCGCAGCCCCAGGCUGAGCCCCAGGCCCAGGAGGAAACGCCGGCCCAGCAGCAGCAGCAGCAGGAGGAGAAUGAGGAGGAGGAGCAGUGAGAGGCGGCCAGACGGAGCGAGGGCAGUGAAAGACGGACAGGAUGCUCUCCCCUCCCCUCCCUCCCCCCCCCCCUCGCCCCACGCAGAGCAGCUCCCUCCCUCCGUCCGCUGAAAAGAAGGCCGAGGCGGCGGCUGCUGAACUGUGCAGCCUCACAAUUCCCUUUCUCCAUUUAACAUGCGCUGGUUCACGGGCAGCGCCACGGAGCCCGGCGUUGAGAGGACAACACGGACUUGGGACUCGCUGGUCUGUGACUCGGGACGCUGCCGGAAGCAGCCGGGUCUUAUGUUAUGGAAAAAAAGAAAAAGAGCCUUGUGGUUUCCAGAUCAAAUGCAGACUAAUCGACAUAGUUGGGAUCUAAAAUGUGCGUUAGUUUCUUCUUAGUUCCCCUUUUGAGAACAUCACACUCUGCCUCGAUCUUCAUUUAGCAAAGUAUUUAGAAAAAUAACAGGCAGGAAAAUGUGAAUUUGAAUAGUUUUAUUUCCCAGUUGGUUUAAAAAAAAAAAAAAAGUCAUGAUUUUGCAUGUUUUCUCUCAUUUUUACUUUAAUUUUAGGGACCUCCCCUUUUCACAUAAUUGACUGAACAAAUUUCACAUUCAUUGUUGAAUUAAUUGGUUCCUUGUUUGGUUGUCUGUGCUUUUUCACACGUAAAUGGUUCACGCUCAUUGAACAUAGAAUUGCAGAAGCGCUCGAGCCGCGUCAUGUCGUCGGUACGAGAACAGGACGCCUGUAACGCUCGCUGUCCAGGUGUUGGUUCCGUUUUCCACACAAAGGACGAUCAGCUGGUGAGAUCAAAGUCACCCAUGCACAUCCUUUUCUUUCAAAUCAUACAGAGGCUUCAAUUCUUUCUCUCCGAGCGCGCAGCUUUUACAAGGGAUGUCGUUUUAAGACAGGAAGCGCUUCCUUCAACGGGCUUCGGUUUCAUUCCGAUGCUCUGCCGCCUCUUUUUUUUUAGUUGAUUAAGCCGCCAGAUAGUGGAGCAGCCUUAAAGAUGGCAGCGCCUCAAAUUCUGGAUUGUUUCUACAUUACAGGAUAUGUGUGUGUUUGGUUACACAACUUCAACCUCACCAAAAGUCCACGUUGUUGCUCUGCCGCCACUUUUCAGCUGGCUUGGACCUGAACCUGGGAAAUGAAGCUGUGGUUGAACGGUAUUCAUCAGAACGUUGUUUCUAUUUGACGUUCGUUUGUUCCGUUCCACCGAACGCGCUCGUUGUUCCCGUCGCCUGCAUGAAGUGUUUGAAGUCAAAAAGGACGAUGACGAGCGGCUCCACACGUGCGUUCACACAUCAACUCGCUAUUUGUCUAAAAAAAAAAAUGAAACACUGGUCAAGAUUGUGGAGAAGACUGCAUUUUUACCAUCGCAAAUACAAGUUUAUAAAGAAAUUAAUAAAUGAUAUAUGGAUAUUUA